AUGAUCUUAAUUCUAUCGUAUCAAUUAAUUGAGGAAACUAUUUCAAAUCUCAAUCGUCUUUCUCCUCUUCCUUCUUUUUCUUCUUCUUUUUCUUCUUCUCUUCCUUCUUUGUCUUCUUCUUUUUCUUCUUCUCUUCCUUCUUUUUCUUCUUCUUUUUCUUCUUCUCUUCCUUCUUUUUCUUCUUCUUUUUCUUCUUCUCUUCCUUCUUUGCCUUCUUCUUUUUCUUCUUCUCUUCCUUCUUUUUCUUCUUCUUUUUCUUCUUCUCUUCCUUCUUUGUCUUCUUCUUUUUCUUCUUCUCUUCCUUCUUUUUCUUCUUCUUCUUUUUCUUCUUCUCUUCCUUCUUUUUCUUCUUCUCUUCCUUCUUUUUCUUCUUCUUUUUCUUCUUCUCUUCCUUCUUCUCUUAAUUUUUCUUUUUCAAGCCAAGCCAUGCGUAUUGUCCGGACCAUUGGUCAGGCUUUCGAAGUUUGUCAUAAACUUAGCACUGCUCAAACACCGUUAAACGGAGAGACACCUGACGACGUCAACAGUACGAUCUCAGUAGAAGACAAUGAGAAACACUUGGCAAAACGCUUCGACGACUGUGAGUCAAAUUCAACUGACGUGGACAAGUCAGAAAUCCAGGAGAUUCUGGCAUAUGCAAAUGCACUGGAAGAUCCAGUUUCUUUCCACCUCUCUCUUUCAACUCCUCUCUCUUUCCACCUCUCUUGCUCUUUCCACCUCUCUCUUCCCACCUCUCUCUCUCUCUCUCUUUCCACUUCUCUCUCUUUCCACCUCUCUUUCUCUUUCCAUCUCUCUAUCUAUCUCUCUUUCCACCUCUCUCUCUCUCUAUCUAUCUCUCUUUCCACCUCUCUCUAUCUCUCUCUCUCUUUCCACCUCUCUCUCUCUCUCUCUAUCUAUCUAUCUCUCUUUCCCCCUCUCUCUCUCUUUCCACCUUUCUUGCUCUUUCCACCUCUCUCUUCCCACCGCUCUCUCUCUCUCUUUCCACUCCUCUCUCUCUUUCCACCGCUCUUGCUCUUUCCACCUCUCUCUCUCUUGCCAUAUGGCUCUCUCUUUCUUUCCACCUCUCUCUCUUCCCACCUCUCUCUCUCUUUCCACCUCUUGCUCUUUCCCACCUCUCUUCCCACCUCCUCUCUCUUUUCCACCCUCUCUCUCUUUCCACCUCUCUCUCUCUUCCCACCUCUCUCUCUCUCUUUUCCACCUCUUGCUCUUUUCCACCUCUCUCUUCCCACCUCCUUUCUCUUUUUCCCUCCUCUCUCUCUUUCCACCUCUCUUGCUCUUUCCACCUCUCUCUCUCUUGCCAUAUGGCUCUCUCUUUCUUUCCACCUCUCUCUCUUCCCACCUCUCUCUCUCUCUUUCCACCUCUUGCUCUUUCCACCUCUCUCUUCCCACCUCACUCUCUCUCUUUCCACUCCUCUCUCUCUUUCCACCUCUCUUGCUCUUUCCACCUCUCUCUCUCUUGCCAUAUGGCUCUCUUUUCUUUCCACCUCUCUCUCUCUUCCCACCUCUCUCUCUCUCUUUCCACCUCUUGCUCUUUCCACCUCUCUCUUCCCACCUCACUCUCUCUCUUUCCACUCCUCUCUCUCUUUCCACCUCUCUUGCUCUUUCCACCUCUCUCUCUCUUGCCAUAUAUCCCUCUCUCUCUCUCUCUCUCCACUCCUCUCUCUCUUUCCACCUCUCUUGCUCUUUCCACCUCUCUCUCUCUUGCCAUAUAUCCCUCUCCCUCUCUCUCUCUCUCUCUCUCUCUCUUUCCACCUCUCAUUUUUCCUCGUUCUUUUCUCUUUUCUCGAUUCAAAUCUCCCAUAUUUUGUUUUCUUUUCCCGUUCUUCGUUUAUUUCUCCCUCCAUUAUUUUCCCCUUUUCUAUUUCUCGCCUCCGCCUCUCUCUCUCUCUCUCUCUCUCUCUCUCUCUCUCUCUCUCUCUCUCUCAUUGUCACACCACUUUGACCAGAGAAAAUCUCUCUUAUAUCCGGGUUUCUCUUAUAUCCGGGUCUCUUAUAUCCGGGUUACACUGUAUUUAUCUCACCCUCUCUUCUUCUUCUUUCUCCCUCUUUCUCAUCCUCUACCUUUUUCUUUCUUUCUUUCUUUCUUUCUUUCUUUCUAUUUAUAUCGUUCCUACUUCCUCUUUUCCUUUCUUUCUCGCUAUUUGUCAUUCUUGUUUUCUUUUUCUUUCUCUUCCAUCUCUCUUUUUAUCUUUCCUUUUCGUAGUCUCUCUCUCUCUCUCUCUCUCUCUCUCUCUCUCUCUUCUUUACCUAUCCUUUUUUCUCUCUUUACUCCUCCAUUUGUUUUCUAUUUCUUCCUUCCUGUUCAUAUCUCUCUCUUUUCUUCUUCUCACUUUAUUCGUCUUUCUCUCUAUUUCUCUAUUCUUGUUUUCCAUAUUCGACACUCCUCUUUGCUUUUCUUAUCCCCUCUUUCUCUCUCUCUCUCUCUCUCCCCCUUCUCUCAUCACCUUUUUAUUCUUCCUCUUUACCCCUUUUCAUUCAGCUACCUCUUCUUUUCACUUUACUUUUCAUUCUCUCUGUUUGCCUUUCUACCUUUCUACUUUUCACUCCCCUCUCCGUAUUCACUCUCUCUCUCUCUCUACCUUUUCCUCUCUAUCUCUUCCUCCUUAA